AUGUCGGACCAAAAUCUAGUCAUUGCCCUCCAAAAAUGUGAAUUUUUCAAAAAAGAAGCAAAAUUUCUUGGUUUCUUAAUUACUGAAAAUGGAAUCAGAGCUGACGAUAUGAAAGUCAAAGCUCUACUUGACCUUGACUAUCCUCGUAACCAGAAGGAAGGUCAGAGAUUCAUCGGUUCCCUUAACUACUACUCAAGACUCAUUCCCAAAAUGUCGGCACUUCUUGAGCCCUUGACAAAGGAAAUUGGGAAAGGAAAGGAGUUCCAACUCAAUGAAACCAUAACAAAAGGAAUCGACGAGCUGAAAGAGGAAAUCAAGAAAGGCGUCAGCGUCGACCAUCUUAGAUACCCCUCUGAGGGUGACCCAGACAGCUUAUUUUUAGCCGCAGAUACGUCGCUGACAAGAACAGGUUGCAUUAUCGGCAACCUAACGAAAAAUGAGGACGUUAUUACCAAUAUAACCGUCGCUGGCUACGCUAGCCGCGCCCUCGACAAGCAGGAACAGUUACUGUCAAGUCGAGCCAGAGAACUUAUAGGACUAGGUCAUUGCCUUAAGGCUUUUGAGGAUCUUAUCCCAAAAGACCGACCAUUUAUGCUUCUUUGCGAUCAUAAGUCCCUGGAAGGUGCCAAGCACUUGUGCAAACUGAAAACCUCCGAAAAUUCUGACAAGCAAACUCCAAUCACAAACUCUCCUUUGGACGUCCAAAAUCUCAGAACCAACAUUCGUAGAAAAGAUUCCGAGAAUGAGGAAGACAAAGCUUACAACCUCAGAUCUCGGAAGAAGAUCAAUUACAAGAUGUAG